GGUCCCGAAUUCAGUUUUCGCCACCUGCUGGAGCUGGAACUUCACCAUUUCUCGGAUGAUGUUUAUGACAUCGUUGAUCAGAGCGUAAAAGAGUCAAAAAUUGAAGCCAAGCUGGAAGGGAUCCGCAAGACCUGGUCCAAGAUGACAGUCGAUUUUGACAACAAUCGGGAGGAUUGCCCACUCUUGGCAGAUCUAUCAGAGGUGCUGGAGCGGCUUGAGUCUGACUCGCUUGAGAUGUUGUCCAUGACCUCCCAGGGCCGCUUCAUCGAGUUCUGCAAACAGACGGUGGACGAAUGGAGCGAAAAGCUGCAGACGGUUGACUCUGUCUUGCAGGUCUGGCGGAAAUUUCAGACCAACUGGUGCCGCUUGGAGCCAAUCUUCAUGCAGAGUGAUGACAUUCGCUCGCAGCUCCCAGAAGACUCCAAGAGGUUUGAGAUGCUGGACAACAGCUGGAAGGAUUUGAUGAUGGAGGCUUCUAGGUCUUCUUUGAUCGUCGAGAUUUGCACAGCCGAUGGACGGGCUCAGACGUUGGAAGACAUCACAGAUGCUUUGGACACAUGUGAGAGAUCCUUGAAUGAUUACUUGGAGCAGAAGAAGAAAGCAUUUCCUCGCUUCUACUUUGUUGCCAAUGGUGCGUUGCUAGACAUUCUUUCGAAUGGCAACACGCCAUUGAAGGUUGCAGAGUACUUGGGCGAUGUUUUCGAUGGAAUCCGCACCUUGGACUUCUCCAAAGACCCGGUCAUGGGUCGAGUGGCUUGCGGCCAUUGUGCAAAGGAUGGCGAGUUUGUCCCGUGGCCAGCGGAUCCUGGCUCUUUCGUCCUGGAGGGGCCUGUGGAGCAAUACUUGGCGGGACUUGAAAGUCACAUCCGCUUGGCAUUGCGAGAGAUCCUCGAACAGGCCAGGACAUCUGCGGAGAGCUGGGAAUUGGGUGACAGGCCUCGGGAGACCUGGUUGGACGACUAUUGUGCACAGCUGAGUUUGUUGGCCACGCAGGUCAUUUGGACCGAGGAGACGACUCGGGCCUUCGAAGACAUGGAGGCUGGAAGCGAGACGGCCAUGCGAGACUACAAACGAGUGAACGAUGAUCGCAUUGACAAGUUGAUCCGCAGGGUGCAGCGAGAAUCUAACAAGGAGCUUCGGACAAAGGUGAUCACGAUCAUCACCAUUGAUGUUCACUCUCGGGACGUCAUUGAGUCCUUUGUCCUGCAGAAAGUCAAUGAAGCCAAUGACUUCAGGUGGGGGUCACAGCUGCGCUUCUAUUGGACGGUCUAUCCACCAGGUAGCACUUUGGUGUCUUUUACCCCGCCACAGCAGAAAACAUGCCUGAUCAAAAUCUGUGAUUGGGCAACAUGUUAUGCCUACGAAUACAUUGGCAACGUGGGCCGGCUGGUCAUCACACCGCUGACGGAUCGCUGCUACAUCACUCUCACGCAGGCUUUGAACCUCUGCCUUGGAGGAGCUCCGGCAGGUCCUGCAGGCACCGGGAAGACAGAGACCACCAAGGAUCUCUCCCGAGCCCUGGGUUUGCCCAUUGUUGUGUUCAACUGCUCAGAUCAAAUGACGUACCAAACCACGGCGCAGAUUUUCAUGGGUCUUGCCCAGGUGGGUGCUUGGGGCUGCUUUGACGAGUUCAACCGCAUCUCUAUUGAGGUCUUGUCAGUCGUGUCAACCCAAUACAAGUCCGUCUUGGAUGCCAUUCGUGCCAACAGCAAGACCUUCCUGUUUGUGGACGAGGAACUGCGCUUGGUGAAGACCGUCGGCGCCUUUAUCACCAUGAAUCCAGGUUAUGCUGGACGCACAGAGCUGCCUGAGAACCUGAAGGCGCUUUUCCGGUCUGUGGCCAUGAUUGUCCCCAACUUGAAAUUUAUUUGUGAAAACAUGCUGAUGUCGGAGGGUUUCACGAAUGCUCGACUUUUGGCACACAAGUUCGUGACUCUUUACUCUCUCUCCAAGGAGCUGCUGAGCAAGCAGAUGCACUAUGAUUGGGGCCUCCGAGCAGUGAAAUCUUUGUUGAGACAGGCAAGACAAGCUUAG